AUGGCAGGUAGUAACCUAAGCAAAAUUCUGUUGAUCGGCGGCACCGGUUACAUCGGAAAGUUCAUUGCAGAAGCCAGCGUCAAAGCCGGACACCCAGCCUUCGUUCUAACGCGGGAGUCAACUCUUACCAAUCCGGCUAAAUCAUCCAUCAUCAACAAAUUCAAAGACUUAUCUGUCAAUCUUGUUAUUCUACGUACUAAAAUGGUGUUGGGAUAUGUUAUUGAGGGAGAUCUCUAUGAUCAUCAAAGUUUGGUGAAGGCAAUAAAACAAGUUGAUGUUGUCAUUUCAACUGUGGCUCGCUCUCACCUCGCGGAUCAAGAUAAAAUCAUUUCUGCCAUUAAAGUAGCCGGAAAUGUUAAGUUUGUAGCUAUAGCUCCACCAAGAGAUAAAGUUGUUAUCCUAGGAGAUGGAAAUCCCAAAGCUGUUUUUAACAAGGAAGAGGAUAUUGCUGCUUAUACAAUCAAAGCUGUUGAUGAUCCAAGAUAUGUAUCCGCCACGGUUUACUGCUUAAGGCACGUGUUAGCAUGA